AUGGGCGACGCAUUCAACAACUAUGGUAAUGGCGGUGAGGAGGACCGAAGCCAAUCCGACCCAUUCAGCUUGUUCGCGGGCUGGUCCUCCCGACCCGACCCGAUCCACCUCUUCUCCGACUCCUCCGACCUAGACAAGCGAUUCCCCUUCUCCAACUACAACGACGUCGUUUCUCACCAGCUCCUCCCUCAAACCACCACCGAGCUCGACGGAAUCUUCACCCAAAGGCAGGUCGUUCUAAACGACGACGCUUCACCACCGAUCCUCCACCACGCCGCGAAUCCCGACCAUUCCUCCUCCGCAGCUCUAUUCGACCUCCUCCGAUCCGGAGCCCCGAUCAGCCACAGACCCAACAGCAACAUAACGAUCCAGUCGGCGGCGGAGGAGGAAGAUUCCGGCAGGCCGUCCACCGAAGAUCUCCUCCGAAUCGCCGGAGCCAGGUUCAUCCAAUCGUCGUGGAAACCGGGCGGCGGUAGUGACACCAACAACACAAACAACAACCCGCCGCUCGACGACCUCUCCUCGGCCGUCGGCCUGUCCGACGAGGAGGCGAGGAGCGUCGAGCUGGCGGAGUCCCUCCUGACCGCGGCCGAAAAAGUCGGGGACGGGCAGUACGAUAAGGCAAGCAUUCUGCUGACCGAGUGCGAGCUCCGGUCUGACCCCGAGGGCGACCCGGUCCAGCGGCUGGUCCACUACUUCGGCCGGGCGCUUCGGGAGAAGACCGACCGCGAGACCGGGAAGCAGCAGAAGUGCUGUAGUCUGGCGGGGCCGGAGAAGGUGGAGGAGAUCCUGAUGUUCCCCAGGAGGUGCUUUCUCGAGUUCUACGACAAGGUGCCGUUCGGCCAGGUGUCGGAGUUCGCGGCGAUUCAGGCCGUGGUGGACAGUGUGUGUGGUUCGAGGAGGAUUCAUAUCGUGGAUUUCAAUAUCAAGAAUGGGGAGCAGUGGACCAUUUUCAUGCAGGCGUUGGUCUCCAGGGACGAGGUUCAAUCGGUGGAUCAUUUGAAGAUCAGCGCGGUCGGGAUCAGGUCGAGAGACGUUAUGGAAGAGACUGCCCAGAGGUUGGUCGACUUUGCAAGGACAAUGGCAUUGUCAUUCUCAUUCAACCUGGUCAUGCUGGACGACUUCGCCGACCUCAAGGAGGACACGCUGGCGGUGGAGCCCGGCGAGACGGUCGCCGUCCUGUCGGAGUACCUCCUCACCACUCUGGUCGCGCACUCGGACAAGCUGGACCGCGUGAUGAAGACGAUCGCGACCCUGAACCCUUGCGUCAUGGUGGUGACCGAGGUCGAAUCGAACCACAACUCGCCCGUCCUGAUCAACCGGUUCGUCGAGUCGCUGUUCUACGCGAGCGCCUACUUCGACUGCCUGGAGGCCUGCAUGGACCGGGACAGCCCACACCGGCGGUUCGUGGAGCUGACGGUGUUCGGGGAAGGGAGCAGGAUCAUCGUCGCGGCGGAAGGGGAGGAGAGGGCGUUCAGGAGCGUGAAGAUGGAGGUGUGGAGGGCUUAUUUCAGGAGGUUCGGAAUGGAAGAGGCGGAUCUGAGCCUGUCUUGCCUGUACCAGGCGGAGCUCGUCACCAAGAAGUUUACCUGUUGGAGGCAUUGCACGAUUGGCGUGGACGGGAAGAGCUUGAUUGUUGGGUGGAAGGGGACGCCCAUUCAUUCUGUUACUGCCUGGAAGUUUAACUGCGAAUGA